CGAGCUGAUCUCCCGAAGCUCCGGCUCCGCCCCAUCACCUUUAACCCUUUAGCAUCCCAGCAUGCCGCGCGCGGCGGGAGGCCGGCUUCUGCGUCGCCAUAGCAACGGCCAAGCGCGUCCGACUCAGAUCGGGAGCAGAGCUCGAGUCCCUGAAGAAACCGGGCGCGGACGGGCGGCAGCCCCAGCGGGGAAGAUUGCACAAUGUCUUCACUGUCUCCUGCAACAGUAUCAUCUACACCAUCUUCUGUCAUAUUCAGUGCUAGAAGAACAGAAUCCCAUGAUAUUCCUAAUAUUGUCCAUCACAUGAAAUAUAAUACAGAAAGAUUAUUUGGCAGAAUUAAUGUCAUCUAUCUUUUAGAAAAAGCCAAUCUUGCGGUGACUUUAGUUAAUCAGAAGAAUGUAACUGUUGCUCAUGCUGUCUUUCUGGACUAUCCCAAUUGGGAUGUUGUUGAUCAAGCCAAUUGGGAACAGUACUUAGAACAAAAUUAUGUUCAAAACAAGUGUACGCCUUUAAAUACACUAUUUCUGCAUCUUUUUGUGACGACAGAUGACUAUGCUGUUGAAUGUUGCCAUGAAAUUAUGACGACUGUUUUUAAAACUAUCCCCGAGCUGCAUUUCAUACUUCUCUUUGUACCAUAUGAGGAGGAUUUAGGCAAAGACUUAGCACCUGCUUUUUCACCAGUGGAGAGCAUAGCAGGUUCAACGUGGGAUUCCGACUGUAAUCUAUAUGUGACACACAGGCACCAAUAUUGUCCCCAGCUGUAUGUCCGCUGUGCCAGAGUGGAAGACCAUGAUGAUCUCACCCCUAUCUUUGCACGCCACAAUGAUACCCUGAGAAAAACCUAUGGAGAUUACUUCCUUGCUGAACUGAUAGAAGCACAAGAUGAAGAAAAUCGUGCUGUAGUUUGUGAGGAUGAUGGCAAAGCAGUGGGCUUCAUGAGUAUAUGCUCUGAAGUGAGUAUACAGUUGCUUCAUGACUGUUUUGACUUGGGUCCCUUCCACGGACUAUGUAAACCACACCCAGAUGACAUUCUUAAGCCACCACGGAAGCCAAGUGAGACAGCUGAUGAAACUGGUGUAACAAGUCAAAAAGAAGAAAUACCAGAUACGGAGAGUGAGAGAGGUAGCAGAAUUGGGAGCUUCCUUUCUCAAGCUUCACAUGCUAGUGCAAAUGCUAGUAAAAGAGAAAGCAUUCGUACAGUGUCAGAGAGAGAGGGAGUACUUGCUAGAGUUUCAUUAGAACGGCCAGAAACCAGCAGUUUAGAAAUAAGCAGAAGCAAGGAUUUGAAAACCUCCAAGACACCGUCCAUUCUAACUGUGGAGACAGAGUCUUUCCGUCCUAUAUAUAAAGGAGAAGUGAAUGCUUUUUGUAUACAGCUCUUUUGUAUUGAUGAGAAACAUGAAACGAGGUCAUUAGAUUUCAUGAAUUUUGUUUUCAACCUUUUCCCAGACAAAGACUUCUGCAUUAUCUCAGUUCCACAUAUGGUGCCUGAAUUUUAUCUGAUCCAGAAUUUUGUCCGGGUUAUACCCUUUAGCAGCUGUACACUGGAUCAAGAGCUCUAUGUGUUUCACCGUUCAGGAUUACUCAAGUCCUUUAUUGUAAGACCAGCAAGAACCAGUGAUGUCGCUGGUGUUGAAUUACUAAUCCAAACCUUGAAAUUGAACAAAAGUAUAUUGGAUGACCUAAAUAGCUACAUAUUGGCACGAAGAGAUCCAGAUGGUACACCAAUUCAAGCAUUUGUAGCAGAAGUUUUGCAUCAAGUCGUUGGAAUAUCAGUUAUUAGAAAUGAAACGGAUAUAGAAUAUAUUCGUUCACACUACAACAUUGAAGACUUCAUUUAUUUCAGUCAUCACCAGCAGGAAGAGCAUGGUCACGUUUACCACUUUGCACUGAAUCCAGUCUUUCAUCACUAUGCAAAACAUUUUAUGAAGGAGAUGCUUCGACUAGCCAACAAAUCUUGUCUCUACUACCCUAUUUAUCCUCAGCCUGAAAACGGCAAGUUCCAGAAUCCCUGUGCCCAUUCCCUGACAUCUGCCCUUCAUUACAUGGUUCCCGUGCGACCAAGACGACAGAUUGUCUAUCCUCUGGAAAAACUUGGCAUAAAUGCUCCAGCAAAAGACGUCUCUAAGGAUCAGAUAAAGUAUGCAUUGAACCACUUUAAUCGGAAGUUGUCCUUGGAGCCUAAAGUGUCAGUGAAUGCUAGAAUUGUAGUAGUUGGGGCAUCAAAUGUUGGAAUCUCCUUCCUAGAAACAUUGGUUUUUUGUCCACAUCUGAAAUUUAACAACCUAACCUUGAUUUCAACUCAUGGACUUCCAGGGAAAGAAGAGUCAAAUUGUCUACAUAAGCGGUUUUUAUCUAACAGCCAUUGUUUUAAUGAGGAUGACUACGCACUGAUGUCACUUAGUUCAUGGAUUAAUGUUGUGGUUGGAAAAAUGACUGGCAUAGACAGAGCUGCAAAACAUGUACUGGUUUCCAAUGGGAGAAAAGUGCCUUAUGAUCAUCUCAUUCUCUGUGCUGGCCAGCAGUAUCAGGCCCCAUGUCCUACUGGUGCAGAUAUCAAAAAAUUGUUCACCAACAGGGAGGUCUCAACAAACUAUAAGCAAAGAUAUACAGGAGUAGUGCCUUCCAACCUUUUUGCUAUUUCUGACGAUGAAGACGCCUUCAUAGCGAUGAAGUAUUUAAAAGACAAAGUUGUUAAUACCUCAGGGAAUGUUAUUGUCUAUGGUAAUACAAUUGACAUUUACACUACUAUAGCAGCUCUUUUAUCGUUGGGAAUUAAUGGCAGCCUCAUACAUCUUGUGCAUCCUCCAUUAUGCUCAAAUGUUACUUCUCUUAAUAACAACGCAAUAGAAAAUGCAGUCCAGAGAGCACUGUCCAGAGCUGGUGUGACUGUGUAUCAUGACAGUCUGCUGGCUCAGUGGAACGAUGGCACCCACCCGGACCCAAUUGUGUUUGCAUCUUUCACCACUAAUACAAAGCCAUUCAGAUUGCAGUGUUCUGCAUUCUUUAACUUUACUGAAAAAAGAGUGGAUUAUGAGACCUUCAAGGCAAUUAAUGAUGCGUGUCUAGUUUACGACGGGAGGCUUGUGAUUGAUACCAACUUCCAUACUAAUGAUGUCGCCAUCAGAGCUGCAGGUUCUUUAACCAAGUUCUCCAAUAUAUAUUAUGCCAAUGAAUGGACACACAGCAAUUUCAGCUCAAAAGAGGUUGGCUUCCAGCUUGCUGCAACCAUGCUAAAUCUUUUUGAUCCAACUCUGGAACCAGUUUUUGAACCCCCAGAAGAUCUGGACAGACUCAUCCCUAUAUACAAGGGAUGCAAAGUUCAAGGUGGGGUUCUACCUGGAAAAUAUAAUUAUGUGCAUAUUUUUAAACCUGGAAUUCCUUCUCGCUUGGAUGUACAAGAAUCACAACCUAAUUAUGGGAUGGCAAUCACAACAGGAGAUGCAGUAAAGGGAAACUACUUCAGAAUACAUGUCAACCAGUACAGUAUGAUAGAAACAAUUACCUGCUUUUCAAAGGAUCCUGUUCCUGUCUCCAACUACAUCUGUUUAUUUGCACAGCACGAGCGUCUUCUUAAUAAUCUUUGUUCUCGCUGGAGGGAAGGACUGAUCACAGAUCUCUACAGCUACUUGAAGGAACCUUGGGCUUUGACCAUCUAUCACGAUCGCUUUAUUGAUCUGAAGAAGGAAUUGCACCAGAUUCUACUAUCUGUCCAGGAAGAAGGUGUUCCUUCACUUCAAGAACUUGUUCGCCAAGUUGUGGAAGGUGAACUUGCAUUAUUGGAGAGACCAAAGACAUAUCUCAAAAGGGUCUAUAAGCAAAGUGUCCACAAGGAACUGCUGGAGAAAAGCAUUCUCAAUUACCUGGACUAUAACAAUUAUCACCUGCCAAUGUUUGCCUGGCCAGGGAUAGUUUAGGUGUGGCUGGAUAAGUAUGGCCAUUUAUAGGUAAGCCAUUUAUAGGUAAGCACCAGCAACUCAAAUUGUAAACAAAUAGGAAAACAUACACCAAUCUGCAAAACUAGCACAUUUACAAAUGUUACAUAAUGUUCAUUCUGCAACUGUAAGGAAUGGAUCUUUCACUGUGGCAGCAUCUACACUCUGGAACUCCCUGCCCAUUGACAUUAGGCAUUACCUAUAAAUGAUAUGAGGGUCUUAACAAAAAUUUGAGGGAUGGAUGGGUUGCACAUCAUUUUGUUCAAACUCUUCAUGACUGUCCUGUGCACAAAAUGAAAUAAUGAAAUCUGUCUUAUUUAAAAAGCCCACCAGGUGGAGCAUAAUCCUGAUUUUGUUGUUUUGCAAGACUGAAUUAAAAAUAAAAUAAACAAGUCAAGCAGUUACAUGAUUAUAGAGUGCAAUUCUUACAUAUUAUAAGUCAAGUAGCCAUUAAAUAGAUAUUUGUAAAAGUCUUCUUUAUCUGAUGUGAAAAUCUUCAACACCAACAACAGUUUGUCUUCAUGAUUAUUAAAGUAACUCCAUUUCAUAGCACUGACUCAGCUCGGCAGUUCUGGUGCCUUUAAACCCUGUAGUCGUUUGGGCUCCUCUAUGCUGGAGGCUCCUUACCAAGCAGAACCUGACAGAUGGCUGGUAAGAUUUGCAUAUUGCAUUUUAGCUUUUUAAUUGUUCAUUCCAAAUGCGAACUUUGUAUCUUUCUGUUUUCCCGGACAGAAGGUACAUUGUAGUGGGAGGGACUGGAGGUCAAUUCUCUAAUGUGCUGGCUAGUGACCCAGCAGCUGCGGGGUUAACUUCCUUUCCAAAGGCAUCUCAGCAACCCUUUGACCAAUUGCAGUUUGGCCUGCUAGAAUUGUUUGUUACUGGUCCAGCCAAUAAGAAAGAAAAAUCACCCAAGGUGGGAAAGUAAAGUAAAUAAAGCAAGUUGUUGAAUGAAAUCUGGAGAAUUUCCAUCUGUGCCUAGUGGUGAAAAGGAGCAGGUAGUCAGAUCAGCACUGGUAUAUGAUGUGAUAAAGGGACAUCAUGAUGGAGUAAAGGCUUUUUAAAAAGGUAUCCUUUGUAAUAAAUAUAUUAGUAUUUUGUAUCUGUUUCAUUAAAGAGGUGUUGCUAAAGAUAGGAAGGAUUAUGUUUAAUAGGUAAAGGUAAAGGGACCCCUGACCAUUAGGUCCAGUCGUGACCGACUCUGGGGUUGCGCGCUCAUCUCGCAUUAUUGGCCGAGGGAGCCGGCAUAUAGCUUCCAGGGCAUGUGGCCAGCAUGACAAAGCCGCUUCUGGCAAACCAGAGCAGCACAUGGAAAUGCCGCAGCACAUGGAAAUGCCGAUUAUGUUUAAUAGGAAUUGUCAAAGGAAGAGAACAGGUUGGGGCUUUAAGGCAAAGCGUGUCAGUACCACUUUAAACUAUUUUCACUGAGCUCUGUUCUGCCAAGGAGGGUCUACAAAAUCAGGAAACUUAACAGUGCAAUCCUAUGCAUGUCUACCCAGACAGAGGCUGCAUUGGGUUCAGUUGGGCUUAAGGUAAAGGUAAAGGGGCGCCUGACCGUUAGAUCCAAUCACAGACGACUCUGGGCUGCAUCAAUAGAAGUAUAGCAUCUAAAUCUAGGGAAGUAAUAGUACCACUGUAUUCUGCUCUGGUCAGACCUCACCUAGAGUACUGUGUCCAGUUCUGGGCACCACAGUUCAAGAAGAAUACUGACAAGCUGGAACGAGUCCAGAGGAGGGCAACCAAAAUGGUCAAAGGCCUGGAAACGAUGCCUUAUGAGGAACGGCUUAGGGAGCUGGGAAUGUUUAGCCUGGAGAAGAGAAGGUUAAGGGGUGAUAUGAUAGCCAUGUUCAAAUAUAUAAAAGGAUGUCAUAUAGAGGAGGGAGAAAGGUUGUUUUCUGCUGCUCCAGAGAAGUGGACACGGAGCAAUGGAUUCAAGCUACAAGAGAGAAGAUUCCACCUAAACAUUAGAAAGAACUUCCUGACAGUAAGAGCUGUUCAACAAUGGAAUUUGCUGCCAAGGAGUGUGGUGGAGUCUCCUUCUUUGGAGGUCUUUAAGCAGAGGCUUGACAGCCAUCUGUCAGGAAUGCUUUGAUGGUGUUUCCUGCUUGGCAGGGGGUUGGACUGGAUGGCCCUUGUGGUCUAUUCCAACUCUAUGAUUCUAUGAUUCUACUGCAAAACCAGAUUAAGCAUAAUAAAAUUAAAACACAGCAUUAAGAAACCAAGAUCAGCCAAUUCAAUCUCAUUUAAAAAACACACACACAUUAAAAUCCAAGCAGAAUUAAAAUGCUUUUCACUGCCAGACUUAAAGUCCUGACCCAAACAGUUUGGGGCUUUAUAGGUAAGCACCAGCAACUUGAAUUGUAAACAAAUAGGAAAACAUACACCAAUCUGCAGAACUAGCACAUUUACAAAUGUUAUAUAAUGUUAUAUAAUGUUCAUUCUGUAACUGUAAGGAAAUUGAUCUUUCACUGUGGCAGUAUCUACACUCUGGAAGUCCCUGCCCACAUCUCUGACAUUAGGCAUUUGUCUUUGUCGUACUGUUUCAGAUGCCUGCUUAAAAAUGUCUUUGUUUAAGCAAGCCUACCCAGAUAUGUCAAACUGACAUAUAUGUUGAUAUGUAACUUCAUUUUAUAAUUUAUAUUAUUAACUGCUGGUUUUAUUUCUCCUCCCCCAUCGUUCUGCCCGGACACGGAGCUCCAGCGCCGAGGAGCUUCUGGCGGUUCCCUCACUGCGAGAAGCAAAGCUACAGGGAACCAGGCAGAGGGCCUUCUUGGUAGUGGCACCCGCCCUAUGGAAUGCCCUCCCAUCAGAUGUCAAAGAGAUAAACAAUUAUCUGACAUUUAGAAAACAUCUGAAGGCAGCCCUGUUUAGGGAACUUUUUAAUGUGUGACAUUUUAAUGUAUUUUAAUCUUUGUUGGAAGCCACCCAGAGUGGCUGGGGAAACCCAGCCGGAUGGGCGGGGUACAAAUUAUUAUUAUUAUUAUUAUUAUUAUUAGACUUUUGAAUCUUUAAACUUUUUUUUUUACUUCCGGUUUUUACUGUUAAUUUUUGUGGGAAUGUUAAGGAAGGAAGGAGAGAUUUAUAUUGUUUGAUAUUAUUCCUCCUCACUCACGCCAGUGAGUGAACAGCAGAGCACAUUCCCUUUGCAACUUAUUGGAAGCAAGUUGACGAGUUGUUAAAAUCCUUUAAUUAAGCAAUCCAGUCUGGCUUCUCCAUUCUGGCUUGUUCCUGGUAAGUUUCCCCUUUAUUUCCCUCUUAAAAUACAGUGGUGCCUGGCAA